AUGGCCACGGACGCCUCGGCUGUGUCCAACAGACCUGAAGGCCUGGCAUUAUUGACGACAAUUGCUGAGGGCACUGGCUGCUGCAAUCCUAGUCCUCCAUUGCCAAACCACUCGGCGUUGGAGAAAAGUCUCACCAGCAAGAUCCUCCGGCUGAGAGAGGUUCUGGAUCUGCCAUGUCAAAGUUCAUGCGACGUAUUGGAUCAGUUGCUUCUGGAUACCCUGGGGGUUCUGAAAAUUGCAUAUCCCAAAUGUUUAUCAGGUCUAUCAGGAAAUCAUACAUCUUCUGUACGGGAGGGUCUUGUUCACCUCCAUAGGGUCCUCAUGUUGGUCCAGGAUUGCCACUCAAAAAACAAGCAAUUUCCCAGCUCAGGCUCUGAGAAGCAAACAAUCAUAGGAAGCGAGAGCUUAGAUCAUGUAGGUGAGCGUGUCAUUGAGAUGAUUGAUCAAGUGACUCCAGUGGUGAAAGAAAUGUUCAGUUUCAUGGAAAGCUCCAGUUCUGCAACGGCAGCAUCUGCAUCAUCAGCUUGGCCUGAGGAUCUCCCAGAAAGAAGGAGCCUCCCUCCUGUUCUCUGUCGCACUAGAUCUCCGGCGCAUCGCGGAAGUGCCAGCCAUCGUCCAUCAGACGGUGACGAGGUUGCGAUGCCUCGCCAAGACGGCACAGCGAGGCACACAGGACAUUGCAAAGUUCGGACACCGGCGCCUGGGCUGGAGGAGGAUGGGCAAACCAGCAGCAGCAGGCAUGAACCACCGUCAACUCCUAGUCCUACUGUUGACCCUUUACCGCUGCAGUCGACGCUGUCGUCGGUGUCCCCACAUCUGCUGUCGGCGCCGCCACCGUCCCCCAUGCCCGUUGUUGACUUGUUGGCUUGCCCAUGCUUCUGCAAUCCUGGGAGGCAAUGCAAGAUGGCCACGCCGCCGCAGCAGUUGUGCAGCCUACAGUCGUCGCACAGCCUUCUGAGGCAGCGCCGACGACGGCAUCGAGAGACACCACGCCCGUCAGCACCAGCAUGGAAGGCUCUACGAGCUCUGCAUCACUUGAAGCUGAUGGGCAGCCUGUACAGACGCCUGCGUGACAGAGUGGAAGGCUCUGGCAGCACGCACGGGGGCAAGAGACGGCAGAACGGCAAGAGGCUCCGGACGGCGUGCGCGCCCAAGAGCGACGCCGGCGGCCAGAACAUGGCAGAUGCAUUGGCCGAGAUGACCAAGAGAUCGGCGUACUUCCGGCAAAUCGAAGAGGACGCCGAGAAGCACGCGGCCGCGAUCCUGGAGGUGAAGGACGCCAUCGGCUCGUUCCAGUCCAAGGACAUGGCCGAGCUGGUGAGGUUCCAUCAGCACGUCGAGCAGCAGCUGGUGUCCCUAACCGACGAGACACAGGUGUUGGCCAGGUUCGAGGGCUUCCCUUCCAAGAAGCUGGAGGCGCUGAGGACGGCGGCCGCGCUCUACUCCAAGCUGGACGGCGCCGCCUCGAGGCUCAAAUGCUGGAAGCUCACCGCUGGCCCCGUCUCGCCGCAGCUCGACAGAGUCGAGAGCUACUUCAACAAGGUCAAAGACGACGUGGACAUGGUGGAGCGGAACAGAGAGGAGGAGACGAGGCGGCUGCAGUCCCACGGCGUCCACUUCGACUUCAGCGUGCUGGUCCGGAUCAAGGAGGGCAUGGUGGACCUGUCGUCCGCCUGCAUGGAGCUCGCCUUGAAGGAGAGCCAGGACGCCAGAGAGACAACGACGACUACGACGACGCGUGCGCAGUGGGCAAGCAGCCACGGCGAUCGGGCGUCGAGGAUGCUGUGGCGGGUGUUCCAGCUAGCCUUCCGGGUGUACAGCUUCGCCGGAGGUCAGGACGAACGGGCGGACAGGCUGACGAGCAUCCUGGCGCACGAGAUCGAGGCGCGGCGCCUGUAA